AACCUCUCUGAAACUGCAAAGACCUCAUUUAAUAUUUUUAUAUUUAUUGUUUAGUACAUAUUAUUUUAUAUUUGUUUUUGCAAGAAAGUUUGUGGAGUUUCUCUUUGUUUCUUCUUUCUUUUUCUCUGACUGUGUUGAGCUUUGUUUCGAUCGAACGGUUUGCAAAAUGUGAGAUAUUUGCACUUCACUUCAUAGUGACUGCAGACAUAGUGCUCUUAUUUUAUACACUGGAUAUGGCUUCUGCUGGUAUGGCGCCUGCUUCAGGAUUUGGAAAACCAAGUGGUGAUACAAUGCUUGUCGAUAAGCUCCCAGAGGAGAUCAAUGAAAUGAAGAUUAAGGAUGAGAAGAUUGAAAAGGAAAUGGAAGCAACUGUGGUGGACGGAAAUGGAACAGAAACCGGGCAUAUUAUUGUAACAACUAUUGGUGGUAGAAAUGGUCAACCCAAACAGACAAUAAGUUACAUGGCAGAACGUGUUGUUGGACAGGGCUCAUUUGGAAUUGUAUUCCAGGCCAAGUGUCUAGAAACUGGAGAAACUGUUGCAAUCAAGAAGGUUUUGCAGGAUAAGAGGUAUAAGAACCGUGAGUUACAGACCAUGCGCCUUCUUGAUCACCCCAAUGUAGUCUCACUCAAGCACUGUUUUUUUUCAACAACUGACAAGGAUGAGCUCUAUCUCAAUUUGGUGCUUGAGUAUGUACCUGAGACAGUCUAUCGUGUAGCAAAGCACUACAGUAGGGCAAACCAACGAAUGCCUCUGAUUUAUGUCAAGCUUUAUACAUAUCAGAUUUGCAGAGCUUUAGCUUAUAUCCAUGGUGGUAUAGGAGUAUGCCACAGGGACAUCAAGCCACAGAAUCUUCUGGUUAAUCCCCACACACAUCAAGUGAAGCUCUGUGAUUUUGGAAGUGCAAAAGUUCUGGUCAAAGGCGAGCCAAACAUAUCAUAUAUAUGUUCUCGCUAUUAUCGAGCACCUGAACUCAUAUUUGGAGCAACUGAGUACACUACUGCAAUCGACAUAUGGUCUGUUGGUUGUGUCCUUGCUGAAUUGCUUCUUGGACAGCCCCUCUUUCCAGGCGAGAGUGGAGUUGAUCAGCUUGUUGAGAUUAUCAAGGUACUUGGCACGCCAACUCGUGAGGAAAUCAAGUGCAUGAAUCCAAACUAUACAGAGUUCAAAUUUCCACAAAUCAAGGCUCAUCCAUGGCACAAGGUAUUCCACAAGCGCAUGCCUCCCGAAGCAGUAGACCUUGUCUCAAGACUCCUCCAGUAUUCACCAAAUCUAAGAUGCACUGCUUUAGAGGCCUGUAUUCAUUCAUUUUUUGAUGAACUUCGAGAUCCAAAUGCACGUCUCCCUAAUGGCCGCCCCUUGCCUCCUCUAUUCAACUUUAAGCCACAAGAACUAAAAGGAUCAUCUGUAGAGCUUUUAUCAAAACUGGUACCCGAACAUGCUCGCAAGCAAUGCCCAUUCCUCGGUUUCUAGUUCAUAACAAAUAUUAUUGUUGAUAGAUAUGGAUUAAUCUUUUUGUUCAGCAUUUGUCUUCCUCUGAAGGUUUGGGAACAACCCAUUUUUUUGUUUUAAAACUCUACAAAAAGGUGUUUUACUGAUCAAAGUUGAAGGGAUGCUGCAUUUCAGCCUUUGCCGGUAGGCACAAA